UGGGUGGGGUGGGGAGACCGAAAGUGAAAGACACAGAAAGGGAAAACUUAAGAGUGUGAAGUGUACGUUCAAGCACAGACUGCAUUUGCAUGAUUAUAUGAAUUUGUGCGUGCGUGUUGUUCCCGUAUGUGUAAUAUCAGGGCUGGAUGCCAUACGGGCGCUCGCAGAAAAUUCCUGUCUUUCACAGACUGAAAUCCUACGUGGGCGCACAAGUGUAGCCAGCAUUUGAGCCUGCAUAACCCCACGUAACCUUAGCUGUGCAGUCAUUUUCUGUCACGUUUUGUUCCUUUUUCGGGGAUUUAGACAGCGGGGAGGCACUCGCCACCUUAUUGCAGAAUGUGCGAGGGAUAAUCGCUCUCAUUGUCACUCAAAGUCACACCUAUGGGCAAACAAAGACUAGCAUGUCUUUGCCUGUCUUGCGUGUCAUCCUUCUCGCUGUGUGGAAACAUUUUCUAAAAGCUGUGCUGCUCUAAUGUGAGCCUGUGUUGUACUGCAUUUAAUUAAAACAAUACAGUGCAAUAUUUUAUUCUAUUGAUUUCAUUAUAUUUAGUCUGUGAACUGACAACUUAGUAAAUAUGUAUAUAUCUGCUGUGUCACUGCAGGCAUACUGGGUUUCAUAUUCAAAAUUAACCUUUCUUCAUAAAUUAAGAAACAGUAAGAACUACAUGACACUGCAUAAAUUCCUUUUAAGAUAUAUUCACAUCAUGAAUCAGAAUUAUGGAUUUUUGAAUCAGUCAAGGGGACUUGCAGGGCCUCUGUUCGCAGAUCAGCACUCUCCCAAUUGGACUGGUAUGAGAAUUGGCCUGGGAGCUCAGUGGAGGAGCCAGGAGUGUGAUGAAUAAUCCCAAACAGAGGCAGGUGCUUGAAUACAGUUGACACCGUGCCAGACUCCUUUAAGGUGACAGACACACCUGUCGGUCUAAGUGUCCCACGAGAGGAAGGUGCAGGAACUGACAUUUCAUAGGAUGCAUUUGCAUUCGAGUACAUUCAUUGUAUGUGCGAAGUGAAGACAUGCUUGCGAAUGCGUGUGCGGUCAUGUGCAAACAUGCGUAUCCAAUCUGCCAGUAAUCUGAGUCUGUGCUUUGCUCUUUGUGUUCGAACAGAUCGUUUUCCUUGGCCUUGACUUGUAACCCUUGUGUAUGAUCAAGCAGUAUGUUCUCCUCCUCCUCCACACUUCAUCUACAAUAGGGGUCAGCGGCCUUUCAACCCUGCCACCCACCACUUACACCCACAGUUUUUCAGCCAGGCCUGACUUUUCUGCCUGCUGGAGCCUGUGCAAGUAAAUCUGCUCCCUCUUACAGCCGGCCCACAAACACAAUAUAAUGCACGGUAUCGGUUUUGGUAUCACUGUACAGAAAGUGUAACAUCUGAGACAUCCUGUAGCCUUUUGUAUCGAUAGUGUCCUGAAAGCCUGUCCCAAAGUUGGAUGCACGUUACCUUCCGUACCCUUGCAAUGCAUUCAUUCUGUUUUGUUCUGCGCAACACUAAAACCCCUCAGCAACGCAAUUUUUCUCUAAUUAAUUUCUCUUUUUUUGUACUUAUUACCAGAGGUUAUCAAAUAGCUGAGUGAUAAAGGUCCUCCCUCUCAAGUGGAAUUGGGGCUCUCCCUAUUUUCAUUUAGAAAAUAAGCAUUAAGCCCACUCAAUAAUAUUUCAAUACAAUUUGCAGCACCUUCUAUAACAAGCAGCAUAAGCUAUGUGUUGAGUAAAUGACUGUGACCGUGUGUGGCUGGGUGGCAGAUUUGGUGUGGGAGGGGUUGUAGAGCAAUAGCAAUAAUGGCAGUGUAUAGCAAUGUUGCCUUGAAUACCGGCAGUGAUAAAGGUACUCUAGACAGUAUCUGUGAAGCCAGUCUAGACAGCCUCUCUGAAAAUGAAUGGCACUUAAGCUACCAACGGGAGACCUGGCCAUGCUUUCUCCAUGGAGAUGUCAUCACUAUGUUUUCUUACAGCUUGCUGACAUUUUGCUGCUAAACCAGAGAACCAACAGAAACCCAGUUUGACUGGCAGUCGCCAGGGGACAGUGCCAAAAACAACAAAUCUUUGGAAUGAAAAGUGAGUGGUGCUUCCGUACAAAAGAAUCGACAGUGAUCUGACAGUGAUGCUGUGUAUCAGCCUUCCCCUCUGUCUGCGCCCCUCGUUCUCCCGUGAGGCCCAUGUGACCUAGCCUACACCCACACACAGGGGGCCCCCACUGCCGCUGGAGCCCACCCAUGAAUCCCAGUCCCGACCGCGGCAAAGAGUGCCUCCCUCCCAAGAAGAGGGAGUCUCGGCAAGGUUCAGCAGAUCACCACGUCCCUCUGGAUGAGUUUAAACCCCCUGUGCCAAUCCGGGGUCGGUCUAGCACAGGGAGAGGGGAGGGGGGCAGGGAGGCCAGUGACAGGGACCGAGUCCUAACAAACCCAAACCCCCAUCUCCUACACACUCCUCCACCCCUUCCUGCUCCAGCACCAGGCCUCCCCGUGCCCAUACCAUGGCACCUCAGCUACUCUCCCCCUGUCUCUCUCCCCCUUUUCCCAGGGCAGGUCAGCGAAAGGAGGGGAUCAGCGUCUCCCGCUUGGAGAGAUGAUCCCCUUACCUCGUCCCUGCCCCACCACUCCAGGUGGCUUAGAGGGGAAGGUCCCCUCUCAUUGCCACCUUCCCCAUCUUCCUCCUCCACAUCCUCCUUUAAGACUCCCUUUCCAGCCAGUUCUAGAGAGAUGUGGUCCUAUAUUAACAGCGGUCGGCGGGACUACAGUUCCUCCCUCUUCUCCCCACCAUACUUGUUUAGCCACCACUCUCUUUACCCCCAAGACCCAAGCUUAGUUGAUGCAAGACACAGGUACUUGGGCAAGAGGCCAAAUGGCCUGGAUGGGCCAGGCAGCAGGACUGCCUCAACCUCCAGGCCUCUAAUCACAGGAGAAUAUGGGAACGAUAGCAGCAGAACCAGGCUGGAUGUCAGUCCACACAGCUCCCAUGCCAACGGCGGACGGAGGCAGCAAGAGGAUCUAACAUCUCGUGUCCACUCUGGAGGGCCAUUUUUGUCAGACUCUCAAGCUCAGGAGGGCCCUGAGCCACAUUCCUCACUGCAGGACAGACAUCUGCAUGGGAUAGUUAAGACUAGCUCCAAUUUACUCUCCACCAGUCCCCAUCCCCUCGGACCAGACUCCAGGGCAGGUAGAGGGGGACUACUGGACCACCUAGGGGCCACUCCAGCUGAAGCCCAAAUCUACUACUCCUUGGGAUCGGUGUGCCACCCCAGCCCUGAAGCCCAGGCCUACCCUCUCUACAGCUCCUCAGGAACAUCUAUGUACAACCUGCACAGGGAGCCAGGCCCCAGGCAGCACAAUCUAAGGAACUCACCACACUCACCCCUGGGUCUGCCAAACAGCCAUGACAGGUCACAAAGAGACCGGGACAGAGACCAAGAAAGAGACAAGGUCGUACAAAGGGACAGGGAGCGAGGCAAAGACAAAGACAAAGAGAAGCAACUACACCAUGACAAAGACCAAGAAAGAGACAGUGAGCGCGAGAGACGACGGGACAGAGAAAGAGACAGAGGGAGAGAGUUGUCUCCUUCUCAGCUUCACACCUCAUCCCCAGCCCUUCACCCAUCUCCCCCUGCACUCCUACCUCACUUCACCAAGGGUUCUCUGAUCGAGUUGGCCAGCGGGCGGUUGAAGCGUGUGGAGGAGCUGCGGACCGAGGACUUCCUGAGGAGUGCGGAUACCUCCCCAGAGUUCCACCUCAGCACCUGCACUGUACUGCUGAUUUCCCCCAGCAGCACACAAGGCUUCAGCCACCUGCAAGUCCACCUCACAGACCGCAACACUCAGGAGUUACUGAAGGUCUUGGUGGAGUAUCCAUUCUUUGUGCAGGACCGAGGUUGGUCUUCUUGCUGUCCCCAGAGAACCACACAGCUGUAUGGCCUGCCCUGCCGCCAGCUCAUGGAGGGCGAUGUUUGCCUGGCCCUCACCCCCACACCCAUCCAAACGCACCGGACACACUCGCGUACCAGCUCCAGGGCCCAUCGCACACAACUCCCCUCCAGGGCAGCAGCAGAGCCCAGCAGCUCGCACAGAGAGGACAUGCCGCCUCCACCUCCUCCUCCUCCUCUUCCUCUUCCUCAUCACCCAACACCUACCGCGCCAGCACCUCCAUGCGUCCUGGCUGCGGAGCCUCCAGCUCAGGAGCAGCAGCGUCCACGCAAACGGCGCUGGUCUGCCCCAGACACCCUUCCCUCAACCGGAACUGAUGAAAGCCUCUCGGAUUUACCUCAUGGCUCAAAGCUAAUGAAGUGGCAGUAGAAACUUGCACAUGCAUACCUAUACAUGCAUACUUACACACAAACAUGAGCACAUACACACCCUCCUUGUCUCAGUUGCACCCACCACGACAAACAAUGGCGAGACCUCAAGGCAGGGUUGCAGGGAAGGAAUAAAAAAAAAACAACUCAACAAAUCGCUGCCCAAAAGAUUAAUCUACGUCACUCUAGUCUAGGACUUGUUGCAUCUUUCCUUUCCUUUCCGUUCCUUUCCUUUCCUUUCCUUUCCUUUCCUUUCCUUUCCUCAACCUUACUUAGCACAGCCCUGAAAGGAGCAGCAGAUGAAGGAUCUCUUAGGCGGCUCCUUACAAACACACUGAAGACAUUUAGUGAGACAAUCAAGCACAUGUCUGUGUUCACUCUGUUUUUGUAAUGGUUGUCCCACACACCUACUUACUGAAAGUGUUUGCUGCAGGGUAUUUUCAAUCAGUGUUAUGAAAGUAAACGCUAUUGAAGAAGUGCAGAUAUAUAUGAACAAAAAUCGACUAUAUAUAUAUUACAUUACAGAUGUUAUAUACAGUAAAUAUGCUAAACAGAUUUAAUGCAAUCUCUUUGUCAAAUUUGCAAUGCAUUUUCGUUCUUUUUUUUUUUUUUUUCCUUUUUUUUUUUUUUUUUUCUUUUCUUGCUUCUGAGCCGAUGUCUACGUGUCGGCCUGGGCAGGCAAGGUGAAUGUAUGAGCAACUCUUCGCCUUUUUUAUUAUCACUGGGAGUCAUUUCAAACAAUUGUUCGUCAAGGCAUUACUCUCCAAUAUGUUCUUAACAUUAUCUCUGAGAAAGGGAGAACACUAAUGAAAACUGCGUAACAGACAAUCCCACCCACACAGACAGGUCUGUGCCACAUCGCCUCGACACUCAUGGUGUUUUUCCAUUAAAAACUGAAUGAUGGAAAGAGUAAAAAGUGCAGUAUGGCUGAAGAGUAAUGGUGCUAAUAACACGUUGGAACAUGAUGCUUUGUGAAUACUCUUGACCCCUGUGUACUGUACGCUUCUGUUCCCAUCUCAUUUUUAUGUACUGUAUAUGUUUGAAAGCAGGGAAAAUGAUGAAAGUAUUUUAAACUCAGAUACGGGUAUAUCCUCUGAUUCAGCACACUCUCUCACUUUAGUUUGUGUUUUUUUUUAUUUUCAAAAAGAAAAUCUUACCUGUUGAUUUUUCUUUUUAAAUGUUAUAGCUACAAAAAUGUAUAUUUUUAAAAAAUUGUGAAUCUGUUAUAUGAUGUUCGCUAGAAAUAAAGGAAAAAAAAGCUUUAUAGA